AUGCCCUCCCCGUCCCCCUCGACGCUGCCUCUGCCGUCGUCCCCGCUGCUGACGCCGUCGCCGUCGACGCCGAUCCCGCUGAGCGGGUACACGCCCAAGGUGUCGUUCGACACGUUCGACGAGCCGUCGAGCUCGAUGUUCAGCUACACGCUGCGCGUCAAGAGCGACGGCUUCGAGAAGGGCAAGUGCACCCGCGUGUUCCUGUGCGCGGCGAGCCCAGACGAGAGCGGCAUGCAGGCGCUCGACUGGGCGUGCGAGAGCUUGGUCCAGGACGGGGACGAGCUGAUUGUGCUGCGCGGGAUUGGGGAAGAAGAGUUGCAGAAACCACAUGCGGCCGUGCGCGAGUCAGCGAACGAGCUCAUGCGCUACAUCCAAGAGAAAUGCCUCGAGUCUGAUCCGGACCGCAAGCUGUCGCUCAUAGUCGAGUUUGUCGCGGGGAAGAUCACGACAACUAUCGAUCGAUUAAUCGCCCUCUAUCGCCCCGACGCGCUCGUAGUCGGGACUCGGGGCCAACGCGGGCUCGUCUCGUGGGGCGUUUCUGGGCUAAUCGGGAGCAGUGGCGGCGGCGUGGGGAGCGUCAGCAAAUACUGCCUCUCGCAUUCCCCGGUCCCGAUCAUCGUCGUGCGCCCCGAAUCGAAAGUGCGCAAGGCAAGGGAGAAGCGCCGCGCGGACCCGAAGCGCGGAAGGCACUUUGACGGGUGA